AAACGUCAUAAGUCAUUUUGAUUGCAAAAUAUUCGUUUACACGAGAUUACAAAAUAUUCGUUUACAAUUUCGACGAUUUUUCGAAUUCUAUCCCGGGGAUUUUGCAGUAGUAACCUUUAAGCAUAAAUAAAGUUUAAACAAUGAUGCGAAUAAAGACAUUGUUCAGCAGUACUCUCCGAGUGCAUCGAGCUCUGCACACCACUACCGAGAGGUUAAUUAAUCUUGUCCCUAUUGUAGUGGAACAAACAGGCCGCGGUGAGCGAUCGUACGACAUAUUUUCCCGUUUACUCAAGGAACGCAUCAUUUGCUUGAUGGGUCCCGUUAACGAUGACCUUACCUCGCUGAUAGUAGCCCAAUUACUUUUCCUACAGUCGGAAAAUGGCACGAAACCAAUUCAUAUGUAUAUCAAUUCACCGGGUGGAAGUGUAACUGCCGGAUUGGCUAUUUAUGAUACUAUGCAGUACGUAAAGCCUCCAGUUGCCACAUGGUGUGUCGGUCAAGCUUGUUCUAUGGGAUCCUUGCUGCUAGCAGCUGGUGCUCCUGGUAUGCGCCACUCAUUGCCGAAUUCGCGAAUCAUGAUCCACCAAGUUUCCGGACAAACUCAUGGACAGGCAACUGACAUUCAGAUUCAAGCCGAAGAAAUGCUUAGACUCAAAGCGAAGAUAACUGAAAUAUAUGCUAAGCACUCGAAAACAGCAGUGGAGGUCCUGUAUGCUAAGAUGGAACGAGACACCUUCCUUAGUCCUGAGGAAGCACUAGCCCUAGGAAUCAUAGACGCCGUACUGGAGCAUCCUCCUUCGACGGAGGAAUCCUCGUGAUUUAUCGUUUGAAAAAAUCGUAUAUGUAAUAUAAGAUUUUUUAAUAUGCAUAUUCUAUUCCAACUUAAAUCGUAGUAAAAAGUCCACUGGCUUGGUACUAAA